AUGGCCGAGGAGGUCAACUACGCCUCGGUGGUGUUCAAGUCCAACCAUCAGGCUCCACCCGAAGCGAUCAAAGAGGAGGAGACGGUGUACGACGAGGUGAAGAUGAAACGACGAACAAGCCAACAAACCGCCGACACCGCCGAUGACAAACAAAACAACAACAACAACAACAACAACAAGCAGCGGCGUCGGUACCAGAGGCUGGCGUGUUGCUUCGGGGUUCUUUGCGUCGUCCUGCUGGGCGGCCUCGUGGGAGUCUUUGUCGUCCUUGCUUCAUUAAGUGGUGAAAAAAACAAAACGACUCUGCUGGCCGAAAUUCACAACCUGAAAAACCUCACAGACAAACUCAGCGCAGACAAUGACAACUUGAGAAUGGAACACAACACUCUGACGGUCGAGUUGAGCAACCUGACAACGAAAUAUAAUGUCUUAGAUAGCAAAAACGCAAACCUGACAACACGGAACCAGGACCUGGAGAAUCAGAGCAACACCUUAAGACAACAGAUUCAAUACAUGGAAACCAACUGGACUGAGCUCAACAUCAGCAGAGCUCAGUGGAGCAUCGAUACCUACUGCAUCCACAACGCCGAGGGAAAGUGUGAAGCGUGUAGGAAGGGCUGGUUACACAACCAGAAGACCUGCUACGUGACUAUUAACCCUAAUCCUCCUGGUGGGAAAACCUGGACAGAAGCUCGAGAAAACUGCAGAGAGAAAAAUGCAGAUUUUCCUGUUGUUCUCACUGAAGAGGAAAAGAACAUAAUCGAUAAGUACAGCUAUGGGGACGUUGGAGACUGGAUUGGCCUGAGAGUUGAAGAUGGGAAAUGGAAGUGGAUCGAUGGAACUGAGCUGAAUCAAAUCUCCUGGAUAGGACCUCCUGUUGACGGUCACUGUGCUGUCUCAACCCAGAGUGGAGUAUGGCGCUCAGUGAGCUGUGACCUCCGUAAGCAAUGGAUCUGCGUCCAGGACGCUUUAUCCGUGUGAACUUCUCACACUUCCUACUUGAGAAUAUCUAAACAGGUGAAUUAACUGUGUAAUAAUACCGACAU